CACAUUUCUGUUGUUGUUGUUUGUGUGUAAAUUGUGUUGUUCUGCGUUAAUUAUACAAAUUCUUCCUUUGGUAUAAAUUUCCCCGCUGGGAAUUGAUCUCAGGAGUUGAAUUCCAUGGUUUAGGGAUUUUUCUCAGCAUUUUAUUUUGUAUUGUAAACAAACACAAGCCCGGCUAUUAGCUUAGCAACCGACUCAUGCUAGCUCACUCAGCUCACCUUCCUGUAUUUUAUUUUCUUAAACAUUUAUUUAUUGCGUGUUUUUUUUGUCCUUUAAAAACGUCCAGGUCUGUCUGUAUUAGUCAGGAUUAUAAAUGUACAACAUGCUGCCUUUUUGAGAGCACCGAAUUUAUACGUUCAUUUAAAAAAAAAUUUUUUUUAAUAAAAUAAAAAAAUACGAGUUUAACGUUUAAUAUAUCUCGUAUAUAAUGUGUGGAGAUUUAGAAGAAAGUCAAACUGGUGUGAAGAGCUAAAUAUUUUUUUAUGAAAGUCAUUUUUUUUUUUUUUUUUUGAAGAUUUAACCUCUUGAUGCAUGCAUUAUUUAUACAUGUAUACAGAUUCUUUAGUUAUGGUCCUUUUUUUUCUUUUCUUUUUCUUUUCUUUUUUUAAAAUUUUUUUUAUGACGAGAAGAAAGAAAUUGAAUCAAAUAUUGAAAAGUAAAUGAAUGAGGCUGAAAUACUAUGCCUGGAAAUAAUAAUAAUAAUAAUAAUAAUAAUAAUAAUAAUAAUAAUAAUAAAUGUCCAAAACAUGCAGGUCUAAAAUGAGAUUUAUUUAUUUAUUUAUUUAUUUAAAAUCUUUUUAUGUAGUGUGUGUGUGUGUGUGUGUGUGUGUGUGUGUAUAUAUAAUAUAAAAUAUAUGCAGUUUAGGACUGAUGCAUGAUGUAAAGAGGUUAAAAAUCAAAAAAAAAAUUAAGGUGUUCUCAUCUUUUUCUUUUUUCUUUUUUUUUUUUUAUUUAAAUAAAACGUUUAAAUUUAUGUAGAUGGUUGCUAAAACGACAAAUAGUCUAGAGAGCUAUGGCAGGUUAUUUACGUUGAUGAUUAUGAUGAUCUUCCAUCUUAUAUUUAACUUUUAUAUCAGAGCAAGCCGUAAACGAUCGGCUCGACGUGAACGUUAAAAGGUUUUAUCCGUUGCGCCGCUGCUGCUGCAAGGUGAUUUUCGAUGACCGCGUAAACGAGGUGGUGUGCAGGUGUUCUUAUUAAAGUGGACGGUAAGUGUAAUGGGUAGGACGUGGACGGUCGGUUCUCGAAGUCGAUGUGUCGCAAGCAGGAAUAACGGCCACGCGUAACGAGUUUGACGAGGGCCGAGUUGAGAUGGCUGUACGACUGGGUCCGGGCGUCUCCGAAACGGCGGGUCUCGUGGGGCGUUCGGAGUUUGCGGUGCAAGAGACAAUGAGCGAGACUGCCAAGGACAAGGGCGCCGUCUCUACUAAAGAGAAGGGCGGAGCGGAGAAGAGAGGCAGAGGCAGACCUCGAAAGAACCCACAGCAGGAGCCCAGUGGUUCCCCGACGCCGAAGAGGCCCCGAGGACGACCAAAGGGAAGCAAAAACAAGUCGAGCUCUUCAGCAUCUAAAGGCAAAAAAGCAGCUGCUGCGACGGCGUCUGCAGGGGGAAAACGCAGAGGAAGACCCAAGAAAGCAGAGAAGGAAGAGCAGCCAUCCAAGUCGUCUGAGGAGGAGGAGGACGAGGAGGAGGAGGAGGAAGAAGAGGAGGAACAGUAGAUCAGCAAAUCAGCGCUACCUCAUAACUCGAUCUCGUCACUUCCCGUAUAAACAAACAAAUCAGAGCUGGACUUUUUUUUUUUUUUUUUUUUUUUUUUUUUUUUUGCAACCUCGCAAAAAAAAUACACAAAACCCAAAAACUCUCGCUCAUCCUCAAUCAGCACAGCCCACUACAGUGCAUCUCUCUCUCUCUCUCUCUCUCUCUCUCUCUCUCUCUCUCUCUCUCUCUCUCACACCCACCCACCACUGGAAAACAAACAGACUCUCAAAUACUGUAUGUGUGUGUGUACAUGCGUUGUAGUCUGUGCAUAUCUGCUCUCCGGUCACGUGUCAUUAUACUGGACAAAGAUUUCCUCUGAUGCAGGUUUCAGGUCUUUUUUUUUUUUUUCUUCUUUUUUUUUUCCUUUCUUUUUUUCCCCCUUCUCUCGUCUUGCUUUUAACGCAGACUUUCAGAUGUUCACACGUUCUCUGGACAAAGGUGAAUCAACCUACUUUUAUUGUUUGUGUGUGUUUGUAAAGGGAGGGGUCAGUACUUUUACUUUUGGCUUCCAGGUGUUUUUUUUUUUUUUUAUAAAGCUAUACAUUGGUGGAGAGGGUCGGUGUAGGGGUGUGUGUGUUUGUGUGUGAGCGUAAUGGACAGCAAUUCACCGUGACACCUCGUCAAUCCGUUUUUAUCUCUUCUUAAAUCUGCGACUUUUACUCCUGACCCGGUUCGUUUUCAGAAAGAUUUUAAAUGUUUUGAAGAGGACAAAAAAAAAAAAAAGAAAAACAGGUGUGGCAUUAGACUGUGCUUCUCGAUCACUGUUUAAAAAAAAUUAUGAAAAGAUACGUUUUUUUUUUUUUUUUUUUUGUGGUUAUCCCGUCGUCUUGAGAUCGCAAGAUCUUAUGAAAACAUGCCGUGGAGCUAAACAGUUGUCUAGGAAGUGCAGGUUCUGUGCGAUUUCCAUCCCAAAAUAUUCCCAAAAUUCCUUAAUUAUUGAGACGGUUAGUAAGGAUGCACAAUCCAUUUUUUUUUCUUUUUUUUUUUUUUCCAACAUUAGUUGAAAAUUACAAUUAACGGCCAACCAGCUUCGGUUUUGGAAAAUGAAAUGAAAUAAAAUAAAACGAACCGUGGAAAAUGGUUUCUGUGCAUGUUUAGUACUCUGGUGUUGCAUCUACAUUAAAAAACGAAUGGCUUUCUCUGGACUUGUGUAGAAUACAGACGUGAGACGAGUGGACUGGUUUUAUUCCGUUUUUUCUCUUCUCCACAGGAUGGCGCUGUUUGCUACUGUUCAGCCUGGUUUAUGAUUUCAGUUUUUUUCUCUCUCUCUCUCUCUUCUGGUUCUGUUUUUCAUGUGGGAUUUUUAUUUUAUUUUAUUUUUUUUUGUGAUAUUGUAUUUUAUUUUUUACAAAACUCCGAGUCAGGGAACGCCGAUCGGUCCAGCGACUGAGUUUCUCAGAACUGUAAUGCUGCUACAAACACGGUUUAAAAAAAAUAAAAAAAAACAACAAAAAAAAAAAAACACAAACCCAGAAUACUGCAAAGUCACACUCGUACCUCACUCUGUAUCAGUUUAGGACAGGUUACUGUUUAAAAUAAAAACCCACAACCUUCAGCUGCUCCCGGUGCAGCCUCUGUCUGGCAAGAGUGUGAGCAAACUCUCUUAUUUUUAAUCUUUUUUUUUUUUUUUUUUUAAUUUUUUGGAUUUAUCAAUGUUUCUCCUUUUUUUUUUUUUUUUUUUUUUUUUUUUUUUUUUUUUUUUGCAGUUCGGUUUGUCUCUGAGUUAGGUUUGUUUUGUGUGUGUGAGACUAACAGUAGAACUUUUUUCCUAGGUUUUUAGAGAACCGUUCAUAACGGUGUACACUUCAGUGCAAAGCAUUAAAUGUUUUCAAGGUGUUUAUUUCCUUUCUUUUUUUUUUUUCUUUCUUUUUUUUUUAAUUUUUCUUCUCUCUCUUUUUCCUCAUACGUGAGACUGUAGACGCGCCAUAGAAACGACUGCGUUGGGACAGAGAGAGGAAAUGCUGUCGGGUUUUUUUUUUUUCUUGCAAAAUGUUCACCCACUGUGGUAUGUGUGUGCAGGGGUGUGUGUGUGUGUGUGUGUGUGUGGACAGACAGAGUAGUUCCCCCAACAUGAAAAUAAUUCACAACUCGGUCCUAACCCUGCUGAUUUGUUCACCAAAUUAAUAAAUAAAACUAAUUGGAAUUGUGGGAAAUGAUCUAUUUAGAUGUCAGUGUAUCAUUUUACUGUCCAUAUCAAAUCUUUUUAUUUAUUUUAUUUUAUUUUUUUUAUAUAUGAAUCCUCAGAUUUGAUGAGGAUCUGUACAAGUUUCAGUACAUCAUAUCGUCAGUUCAUCACCAACAUCCUGCUUUAACCUCAGCUUUCUCCUCGGUUCCAUUUCCUCAUUUAAACUUUGGUACUUUUGGUUUAUAAAUGCUGAUGUUUUUCACUGUGUGUGUGUGUGUGUGUGUGUGUGUGUGUGUGUGUGUGUGUGUGUUGUGCCUGCACACAGUUAACUGGUUUGGGAUCAGUCUUUAAAAUGUACAAACGUUUGUUGUUUUUUUUUUCCUUUUUUUUUUUUUUUUUAUUUUUUUUUAUUUGUGGCCUGCAAGUAUUUGUAUUCCGACUGAUAAUAAAGGUAAUGAUUCCUACACUUUC